AAAAAAUAUUUAUACAUAUAAAUUAUAUAUACAAAAAUUUUUAUCGGUAUAAAGUGGCAAAAAGGGGCCCCAGAAAGUAGAAACAAGAGAGACACCCACUGUUAUUCGGUACGGUCUAUUUUUAACGUUACAUUUAACAAGGUAACGCUGCAUUUUUUUAAUUUUUUGUUGUGCAAGAUAAUAGACUGCCAAUCCAAACGUUUGUGGCUCCAAAUUGAUAAAAUAAUAAUAAUAAUAAAAUUAAUAAUAAAUGCAGAUAUAAAAAGCAGUUUAUAUAUGUGAAGUUAUAUUUUAUAUUACAACAAAUUAAUCAAUUUGUUUGAAGAUUGCCGGAUAAACAAAUAACUAAUACUAAUAUAAUAAAAAUAAAUAAAUAUGAGUUGUCAUGCUCCGUUGUUGUGACAGUUCGGAGUUGGACUAGAGGAUUACACAUUACUACAUCUUCUAUGUCAGUCUAUUUUAUUUCAUCGUGGAAUUUUAAAUAAAUUAAAAGAAAAAAAAAAAAAACGCUGACGCCCAAUGCUUAUGCACAAAGUUUAAAUAUUUUCAUCAUCAAAAAAAAUUUUUUUUUUUGAACUAAAGAGAAAAAAGAAAAAAAAAACAAAAAACAAAAAAGGUGAACGGGAUGACUCAUGAUAUUUUUAUGUUUAUAUUAUUUAAAGAAAAAUUAUUUUUCAUUUAACAAAGUGAAAGUACACGUUUUAACCUCAAAAUAAAAAAAAAUUGAGUGAAAUAAAUUGUUUAUUAAAUUUAUUAUUAUUUAAAUAAUAAUAAUAUUUUAAUGUCAAUGCAUAAGGGAUUUAAAUUUGGAGUCAGAUACUUUGGAAAUCAGUCAAAAAAGUGGUGAUUCAAAGAGUGUAGCAUAAAUAAUUGUUUUUUUUUUUUUUUCAUUCUUUUUUGGAUUAAAAAUUAAUUUAUUGUUUGGAUUUUUUUGUUGUUUAAGAAAAAGAAAUAUUUAUUGUUUUAUUUAGAUUAAAAAAAAAAAAAUAAAAUAUUGUCAUUGUAGUUGGAAUAUUGUGAAUGAAUCUAAGAUAAAAAAAAAUGGGUGAUUUAAUAGAAUUUUUUUUCGAAAAUUUCAGGAAGUCUGUGACUUCCCAGGUGAAUCAUAACUUUCCAGUUGAUACAGAAAAUUUUUUAACUAAAAAAAUUGAUAUAUUGGAUAGAGUUAUGGAUACCAAUAAAGAUGAUGGUGAUAUAUCUAUACUAGGAAAUCCAGUACAAAAUAAAAAAAAAUCAUGGUCUGAAUUACGUGGUGUUGUUUGUGAAUUUCGUAGAAGAUUAUCUGGUGUUUCUGAUGGAUCUGUUCCAGAUGCAAUAACAUUUAGAUCAAUGCCAGAUGGAAGAACAAGAAUUUAUUUUUUGGGAACUCCAAGUAAUGGUUGGGAAACAACAUUACUUUAUGUUGACAUUGGCAUAUCAGAUACAUCAAAUUCAUGUAAAUUAAAUUGGCAGCCAGUUAUUGAAGCAAAUUUUCAAAGUGUUUCUAGUGCCAAUAGAUUAUCAAGAGAAGAACAACUUUUAUGGGAAAGAAAAAGACUGACAACUUGGGGAAUAACCAGUUAUGAAAUCCACUUAGAAAGUGGUAAACUAGUUUUUCCAGCUGCAAGUAGUCUUUAUCAAUGUCUUGAUACUGGAUUCACGCCUGGACCACUUUUUCCAUCGGAAUUACGUAUUUCAACACCUGGAGCAAAAUUAUGUCCUCAAAUAUGUCCUUGGGAUGGUGCACUUGUUGCUUAUACGUGUUCUGGUGAUUUAUAUGUGUCACAUUUAAUAACAGGAUCAUCAGUGAGAUUAACAUAUUCAAGAAAAGGUGGUAAAAGUCUCAGUGAAGAUCCUCUUACUGCUGGUACUCCUUCAUAUGUCAUGCAAGAAGAAUUUACAAGAUAUAUUGGCUACUGGUGGCAGCCAAAAUCAACAGAUGGAAUUUAUAGAAUUGUCUAUGAAGAAGUUGAUGAGAGUGAUGUUAAAAUUUUUUGUUUUCCAUCAUCGAGUCUUAAUUCUGGUGAAGUUGAUGAAUUUAGAUUUCCACGUGCUGGUGCAUCAAAUGCUAAGAGUAAUUUAAAAAUGGUACAAUUUCGUUUUUCUGAUGCACUUCAAAUAGUUGAUAUUGAAAUAUUAGAAUUACAAUAUCCUUUACAUACAAUGUUUCCUUGGAUGGAAUAUUUAGUACGUGUUGGAUGGACACCAGAUGCUCAAUAUGUUUGGGUACAACUUUUAGAUAGAAAACAACAAAGAAUUGAAUUGGUACUAAUAUCAGUUGAUAAUUUUUGUGAACCACCACCAAAUAUAUAUAAUUCAGAUAAUAAUUAUACACCAUCAGCAUCAAGUGUACAAGUAAUUUAUUCUGAACAAAGUACAGUAUGGAUAAAUGUUAAUGAUUUAUUAUAUUUUUUACCAUCUGAUGAUUCAAAAAAAAUUAAAUUUUUAUGGGGAAGUGAAGAAACAAAAUAUAUGCAUUUAUAUUUAAUAACAUCAAGUAUAGCAGGUUUAAAUAAUGACAUUGAAGAACCACUUGAUAGAAUGGAUAGUAUUUAUUUACAACCACGUGUUAUAUCAAAAAUAGCAAUAACAACUGGUGAAUGGCAAGUACUUGGUAGAAAAUUAUGGGUUGAUGAAAUUAAUCAAAUUGUUUAUUUUACUGGUUUACGUGAGGGACCACUUGAACAACAUGCAUAUGCUGUAUCAUUAAAAAGACCACUUGAAAUAAGAUUAUUAACAAGACCAGGACACAGUUAUAAUAGUUUAUAUUUUAAUAAAUUAUGCAACAUAAUGGUUGCUGUAUACAGUUCAAUAAAUACAUUACCAACAUGUCAAGUAUUUAAAAUAUCACAAACAGAUUGGACUGUUGAUAGUAUUAUAUUGUCAUCAGUUGGUUAUCUUUUAGAACCAGCAAUAUCUGAUACUGAACAUUUAGCACCAUCAAUUUAUGCACAUAAAAUAUCAUCUGGUGAUACAAUAUAUUCAAUGGUAUUUAAACCUCAUAAUUUUCGACCUGGUAUUAAAUAUCCAACAAUAUUACAAGUAUAUGGUGGUCCAGAAGUACAAUUAGUAUCAAAUACAUUUAAAGGAAUGCGACAUUUAAGAAUGCAUAUGUUAGCAUCACAAGGCUAUUGUGUUGUACUUAUUGAUUCACGUGGAUCACAUUAUCGUGGUCUUGUAUUUGAAAGUCAUAUUAAAAGAAGAAUGGGAACAGUUGAGCUAAGUGAUCAAGUUGAAGUAUUAAAAUUACUAGCUGAUAAACUUGGAUAUAUUGAUUUAAAUCGUGUUGCAUUACAUGGCUGGUCAUAUGGUGGUUAUUUAAGUCUUAUGGGCCUUAUUCAAUAUCCUGAAAUAUUUAAGCUUGCUAUUGCUGGAGCUCCAGUAACAUGUUGGAAUUUAUAUGACACUGGAUAUACUGAAAGAUAUAUGGAUUUACCACAAAAUAAUUACAAUGGAUAUGUCAAUAGUUCUGUAUUGACAUAUGUUAAUAAAUUUCCAGAUGAAGAAAAUCGUUUAUUAAUAAUACAUGGUCAAAUGGAUGAAAAUGUACAUUUUUUUCAUACAAGUGAACUUAUUAAUGCACUUGUUAAAACUGGUAAACCUUAUCAUCUUCAAGUUUAUCCAACUGAACGACACAGUCUUAGAAGUUUAGGUGCAACAAGACACUAUGAAACUACACUUUUGUCUUUUUUGCAAAAUCAUCUUUAAAAAACAACUUGGUAAAGUCAUUCAUCAAGUAAAUUUUUCUUUUUUAAAAAAAUUGAAAGAAUAAAUCAUCAUUAUAUUAUUACUAUAUAGAAAUAAUAGUAAUGUCAAAUAACUGCCAAUCAAAUUUUUACAUGUAAAUAACUCAAUAUUAUGAUUUUUUUUUUUUUUUUUCAAUACCGCUUUAUAAAUUUUUAAUGUUGAUGAUGAUUUGCUUUUUUAUUUGAAAAAUAAAAAUAAUAAGUAUCAAUAUACUAUGAUAGUGAUAUUAAAAAUUUUGAAUAAUAAAUAUUGAAAUAAUCAAAUCAAGUAAUCAUUGAAAAUGAUUUUAUACAGUAUUACGAUACUGAAAUAUAAUUACAAUGAAAAAAAAAAAAAAAAUUAUAUAUAUUUAAAUUGUAUCGAGACAUUUUUUUUUUUUGUUGCCAUAAUAAUUGUUGAUAGUUUAUUCUUCAAUUGAGAAUAAUCAGACUAAAUAAUCAAUUAAUUAUUCAAUUUUUUUUGUAUGACUCAAUAAUAUAAAAUUGGGUUUUGCCUUUAUAUUUGUUUAUAAUGAUUCUAUAAACUAAUAGAUAAUAAGUUUUGUGUUUACGUUAUUUAACGACAAGUCAAUUUUAAUCAAAUCAUAAUAAUGAAGAAAGAAAUAAUUAAUCAGAUUUUAAUAAGCUUUAUAUAUUAUUUUAUGCAUAAUUUCUAUGAGUGACUAUUAAAAUCAACAAUAAUCACUAUACUUUUAAUCGUUUAUCUUUUUUAAAUUUUUGAUUACAUCAUCAUGUACUUAUAUGACCUUUUAUAUAAUUUUUAAAUAUAUUUUUAUGUUUUUUUUUUUUUUUUAUUUUUAACUUGGUCAUGUAUAUAUAUUUUUCAAGGACCAUAAUGAUUUUUGAGAUAUUAAUAUAAAACAGAAAUGAAAAAAAAAAAAAAAGAUAAAGAGAAAGAUAAUUAGUUACGAGUAUUAAAGUGAUAAAGUAUUUUUUAAUUGGCAUUCAUUGUAAAAAAAAAAUCAAUCGUUCAUUUGUUUUUAAUAAAAAAAAAAAUUAUUAAUUCA